UCGUCAUUUGGAAAUUAAACGAAAUUAAAUGGUUCUUUUCACAAAUAUGACAGAAAUGUAUUUUUAAAAAAUACAGAAAAAAUUUCAAAGAAUGUUGUGAAUUUACAAUGUCGGAGAAGCUAAAAUUGUUUAUGUAAUUCUACAAGGCGGAUCAUUCUCCUCGACUCAGAGAAAAAAAUAUAAAUUCACAUCGUUCGGCAUCGGAAAAUAAUUCAGAAAAUGGAUAUAUGGAGCGUUUUACAAGAAGAUACAGUAUUCAUCCCCGACGAUCUAAAAUUAAUUCUAAAAGCGACGAAAUACGACAAUUUCUUCGCCCUCGAAAGAUUCACGCAAGUCGAUCAGAAAAAAAUCGAACACUUCAUGCAAAACACAUUACACGAAAUAAUAAAGAAAGAAGAUCGCGAAAAAUAUUACGGAAUCUUCAAGGAUCACCCGGAGAAAUUUAUAUUCGUCGGCGGUCUCGAGCAGGCAAUAUGGGAAAUUGUCAGCACAGUGAAGAAACUUGUGGCGAAAAAUAAAAGAUCAAAAGACUCUGUUUCCACCAGUGCAUGUUCCGGUUCAUCCUCAACCUCUUCGCCGACAGUUGUCAAUAAAGCAACAACAGAAAAAGAAACCGUUCACUCUCUCAGUGACAUGAAAACAAUAUUGGACCGAAAUGUCAAUAAUUACGUGCAGGAGAAUUAUGCCUAUCACGGUUUACCGCAGAUUUCGUCUAAAGUCACGGUGGACUGCAAUGGUUUGCAUAUCGCUCUGUUGAAUUGUCCUUUCCCCAAGUGUCGGAAAUUGACGAAAAUACGGAGGAACGGAACUCGAUGGAAUACGUCGAAUUUUUAUAAACACAUUAGCGUGCAUUCGACUAAGCAGGAAGUGGUGGAAAAAUUGACGAUUACUUCGAAUACUCUGUUCGUUAAGACGGAGGAGAAUUAUUUGACUGAUAAUAAUAGUGAAACAGUGACGGGAGACGAUGGUGAGGAAGUGGACAUUAAGCCAAAUUUAACGGAAUUCAAUUGGUGAGAAUCGAUUGGUUCAAUUUAAUUCAGAACUUGGUUUUUUUUAUUAAACAUGGAAAUCGAUUUUUAACGAAUUGAUUUUUAAGGAAAUUUAGAAAUUUUCUUUAAACAAAAUUUAGAAAUUGAUUUUCAGUGCAAUUU